AAAACAAACCGGCCCGUAAUCAUCUCGGCAAACAAAAGUUAAAAAUACAAGAUUUAUCAUGAGUUUUAGAUGUGGAUGAUGCAUCUAUUAAAUUCUUAAUCAAUCUCCGUACACUACAGUACUCCAUAUUAAACCCUGCUGCACCAACAGUGUAGUCGGUUCAAACACACCAACGCUAUCGAGUGAAGUGACUCAGAGGGUUUAGGGUUUUUGAGUUUUUCAAAUGCGGCUAACCGCCGUUAUCAAAACUAUAAUCAUCAACCGUCACGGUUGACGGGAAAGACUCCUCCGACGGCGGCGAUGAUGAAACAUCAACAACUAACUCAGAUUCAAUAAAUCUACAAUAGACACACAGAGAUUAACCGAUUUGUUAACUAUGGCUACAGAACAAGCAUUGAAGCCUGAAUCGGAAAAUACCUGUUGCGCUGAGUUGAAGAAAAAGUAUUUGAAGCUUCAAGAAUCGAGAAAUGCUUUACGUGAAGCUGUUAAGUUACUUGAAGGGACGGUUAAUAAGUUUGAAGCUCAGAAUGUGAAUCUCAAAAAAGCAUACCAGGAAGAGUUAGCUAGGACAAAAAUUGAAAAAGAGGAAAAGCUCAAAGAAUUCAAUGCUAAGGUUUCUUUAGAGAAUGAAGUUUCUGCCUUAAACUCCGAGAUCACUGCAUUGCAGCAGAAAUGUGGUACAGUUGCUCAGGAAGAAAAUUUGGAUGUGAAAGCUUUGAAAGCCGAUAUAUCUAAUAAGGAAAAGGAAAUUGAUAGAUUGAAGAAACUUGCGGAGAAAGAAAAGAAAAGGGCAGAUUCUGAGAGGAAGGUUGCCGAGAAUGAGAAAAAGAAGGCUGCUGAAGCUUGUAAGUUAUUGGAAGCAGAGAAGAAAGUAUCUCUGAAUAAGGAAAUGGAGCUUUUUUCCAAAAUUGAGGCAGAGAAGGCCGAGGAGUAUAGGCUUCAGCUAGUUCACUUGGAGAAAGAAGUUACUGAAACAAAAAUGAAGUUGGCUUCUGAGUCGUCGAAGUUUAAAGAGGCAAGCAAAAAACUUGAAGCUGAAAAACAGAAGCUCUUAUUGGAAAAAAAGAAUGCUGAGUCAAAGAUGAAAAAAGCUCAAGAACAGUUAGAAGUUGAAAAACAGAAGGCUGCUAGGGAAAAGCGGCGUGCAGAUGAGGAGCAUGUUAAAGUAGAGGAGCAGAAGAGGCUUGCUGCUGAUAAUUGGAAGACCGCCAAGGAAGCAAAACAUCAUGCUGAUCAGAUGUCUCAGGAGUUAUUAAAGAAUAAGAAGAUAAUUGAGGGUUUGAAGCAGAAGAUACACGAACUUUCAUCUCUAAGAAAACCCAAUGAAGUAUCUGGAGUAUCUCCUAAUGUGAAUGCUGAAAGUGAUAAAAUUCAGCUUUUGAAAAGCAGUUUAGAGCUUGAAAAAUUACGUGCAAAGCAUGCAAGGGAAAAGUUAAAACAUGAAAGGAAGAACUUUGAGCAUGAAAGGAUGAAGUUUAAAUACGAAGAAAGUUGUCGUAGCAUUUUACAGCAUGAAUUGCACCGUUUAAAGCUUGAUUUUAUUCAAAAUUACAAUCACCUUACUAUGCUGGAUGCAUCCAUUUCACCUGUUGCUGGAAGUAUACAUGGCCUACCUAAGGCUCAGAAUAUGCCAAGCAUGCAGAAACCUGAUGUCAUGACUCAACUCUGCAGUCUAGGUAUGCCUCAAAUGCACAGCUGUGUUGAAAAUGAACUUUCAAAGCCUUGUGAUUCUUUAGGGAAAAGCAUGCAGAAUCCUCCACUUGUUGCUAUAUCUGAAGGGAAUUAUACUGAACCCAUCACAGGUAUUGGUUCUAAAUUGGAGCCUCUAAUAGGAGGUUCAAACAGAACAUCGAUACAAAGUUAUGCAGUAAAUUCUAGUACAGCAUCUUUUUCUGAUGCACACUUGAUGGGCUCACAGGAAAAGGGUGCUUUGCAAGUUACCACAUCAACAAAAUCAGCCGAGGAGAACUUCAAUACAAGAUCACACAUGUUGAAACCAUCUGACAAAUCAGUUAUUGGUCAUGAUUUAAUAAGGAAUAGGAUUUCUGAUACAAUUGAAUGUGUUACAAAUUUGUCUUCUGAGGGUAAGAAGUUAAACUUGCAGCUAGAAGAUAAGCUCUCUGAUUUAUGUGGUUUAUUGUAUGACAAAAUUAACGAGCCCGUUGAAGGAAUGAGAGAGAUUGUUACUAAUCAUAGGGACAAUCUACAGGCAGAGAGUGACAGGGCCCACAAGAAGAGAAAGAAAUCUCACAGGGACAAAGCAGGUACUUCUGUGGAUGGGAAAAAGAAAACAGUAGACCCAAAAUCUGGAUUCAGACCAACUACCUGUCCUGCAUUAUAUACUCAAACUGCUCAGGCAUGCAGGGAGAAGAUAUUUGAUUCCUCAAACAAUUUUGAUGAAAUAUAUAAUGGAAAUGUUAUGAAGUUGUUAGCCUUCGAAAAUGCUGUUGAUGAGGAGCGCUAUGAAAGAGCAAUGAAUGCACCCUUGUCACCACUAUCUUCUUUUGAGAUUGAAUUAUCUGCUUUGGAUAAUGUGGAGCUUUUUCAGAACGAAGUUCUUCCUGUAGACUUGUUGAAUCCAAAAGAUUUAUCUCCUUCAACUAGAUGUGAUGUCAUUGAUGUUGAGAUGAAUUCCAACAUGCAAAAUUUUGAUGCAUUUACAGUUCCUUGUAAUCCACAUAAGUCAGAGCAGGCUAUUCAAACUGAUGUAAAAUCUCAGGACACUCAUUCUUUGGAAAAUUUAAGGGAUACACCUCUGGUGGAGACUGAAAUCGGAUCUUUACACAAUCAACCUCUGAAUUUCGGCCUCGUAGUAUCAGAUAGGGAGGAUAAUAGUAGCAUAUCUAGGACACUUCUUGCUACAAGAAAUUGCAUAGCACGGUGCAGUUUGGAUACUCAAACAGGAUGGGCAGUUGCUAGCAUUCUGACUGCAGUUGACAUGGAAGAAAUAUCCUUACAAAAUGAAAAGCAUUCUGUGCUGUUGACACUUUUGCUGUUUAACUUUACCAUGACUGCAAUGAAAUUUGGUGGUGGCAGCUUAAUCAUUUGCUUGAACUCUUAUGCUGAACACAUCUGUAGAGUUAUGACUGAUGCAGACGCAAGAAUCUUGCUUUUAGAAAAAUUUUCGCUGUUGGAGCUGCUCCGCCUCAUCGAAGAUUUUCUUAUAGAAGGAAAAGUUGUAUUAAAAAAUAUAGUUCCUACUGAGACCUCAUUUGGUAGUGAUUUGAGAAAUGAUAGUUUUCUGGAUGGCGUAGAUACACUAUGUUCUCAAGAAGCUACGAGUGAGCAGUUAAUAGUGGCGAGUAUUAUACUAGCAUCAUUAUGUGCUGCAACCGAUUAUAUUGGAUUUAUUUCUGAGGCGUCAUAUAAUAUUCUUAGAUUGUGCAGACAUGAUUCUUUUAUAGUGCUAACUAUUCUUCACAUUUUUGCUAAUCUGGGUGGAGGAAAGUAUUUUGACUCAUGCAGUUAUGGUUUAAUGGCGACAGUCUUGAAAUCUCUAGUUAUGUUUCUUGAGGAAAGGAGCUUAUCUGUCGCUACUGCUUCUUGUCUUCCAUCAAUAAAUCAGCUGCAUACCGACUUAUGUACUAACGUUAAAUGCCCUUUCUCAGAAGGUGCCGAGUCCAUUGAUGUUGUUACAUUGUUGCUCUUAGAAAAGAUCAAGAAGCAUUUAUUUCAGCAAGUAGAACAGCUUGAUUCGUCAAAUUUCAGAUCCCCUUCAGACAAUUAUAAUAAUGGACAGUGGUCCAAUCAGGAUGUUGUUCCAUGUACCGAUAGCAUAAAUUGUGAUGUGUCGUGCUGUUUGAAAAAAAAUGUGGCUUGUCCUAGUCAACCAGAUGUUCUUAUUGAUGUUACCUUAUGUCAAAUUAGUGACAUUCUCUCAUUGUUGGAGCUUGUUGCAAACAAAAUGAGUUGGCAAUGGACGAACACCAAUCUUGUUCCUCAGCUGCUUCACGUACUGGAUUCUUGUGCCAUGGAGAAUGCUGUGGUUGCUAUCAUUGUUCUUCUUGGUCAGCUUGGAAGGCUUGGUGUUGAUGUUGGUGGAUAUGAAGACCAAGGAGUUGAGAACUUGAGAUCUAAAUUGUUGUCGCAUCUAUGCAAUUCUACCACGAAAGCAGGCACUUCUCUUCAAAUUGCCACUGCCACUGCUGUGUUUGGCCUUCUUCCUUUCAAUUUAGAAGCACUUUCUCAGACUGAAUUGAGCCUUCCAGCAUGUUCUAGUAAAUCUAUUUCUGAUGAUGCUGAAAAUUUAAGGAAAUGGAUUUCUGGGCUAGGGGAACAUCAACAGAAUCUGCUUAAUGCCAUUUUAAGACGUACCGAUUAAGUAACCUUCAUAUGAAUUGAUGAAGAUUUUUGUUGCCAUUCUUUCAUUGAGGUUAAUCAUUGAAAAGCUGUACAUAUUAUGGAAGAUUAGGAGGUUGAGAGUUUUCAGAUAUGGGGCUGCUGUUGCUCUCAAAUUUUGUGCAAUUACAUUUUGGGAUGAUUUCUUGUUUCCAUAUUUUUUGGCUGACAAGUUAGUUUGAUCUAUGUACAUUUAUCACUUUAAAUAUCAAGUUAGGUUAAUCAUU